AACAGCUUUCUGAGCGAGCAACCGAGACCAGGGAGGUCACAGCAGCUGCCGAGCCAUCGACAGACCGGACAUCCAUCUGACAGCUGAGCCAUGGCUCCUACAUUCCAGGGCGGCAAACCGACCGGCGGCCGGAAGCGCCUGCUGACAGUCAUCUCUGAGGCGCUCAAGCAUCUGGGGGACGGCCGCGGCUCAUCUCCAAAGCAGAUACUGGCCUGGGUGGAGAAGAACCCCACCGUCGCCAAACGGGUGGACGAGCCGCGCCUGCUGCACACGCUGAAGAGGGCCGUGGAGACGGGAGUGCUGACGGCCCGCGGCGGCCGCUACAAGCUGGCGGCGCGCAGCGACGACCGCGAGCUGUGCUGCCGCAGGCGCCGCCGCCGCAGCUGCAGGAGGAGGCGCCGCCGCAGCUGCAGGAGACGCCGCCGCAGCUGCCGCAGGCGGCGCCGUAGCUGCCGCAGGCGGCGCCGUAGCUGCCGCAGGCGGCGCCGCAGCUGCCGCAGGCGCCGCCGCCGCAGCUGCCGCAGGCGCCGCCGCCGCUCGUGCAGACGUAGGAGGAGGAGCUGUCGCAGGCGCCGUCGCCGCUCCUGCCGACGCAGGAGGCGAAGCUGCCGCCGACGUCGACGCUCCUGUAGGAGGCGCCGCCGCCGCUGCAGCAGCGAUCCGGAGGCGGCGUCCCUGGCCAGCGUAGACGCCCCUGCUGGCCAGUCGCCCGGCGGUUCGGCACAGUCUACGCAGCAUGCGAUGCAGAACUAAAUGUGUCCGUCGUUCCCUCCCACUAGUGCUCGCUGUACCAUAAAAAUCUUUUGCGUCAAUAAAAUUUUUAAAAUAGUAAA